UCCCGUCAAAUUGUUUGAAAGUGCUGCUUCGUUUCAAGUUCUGCAUUUACCCAAUUCAACCUGGCAUAGCGGCGAGAAGCGCCUGAUGUCAACCUCAUUCAAGCUUUUCCGAUCAGCCGAUUACGUCAAUUUAUAUUUCCACCUCAUAAUUGUUCGGGGUCUAGUUAAUAUAUUUUUCCCGACACUCAUCUGAAGCCAAAUGGUAAUAGCCGUUAAUUAUCUUCUUAUUACGAGAGCUUUGUGCACGUCGUGUUGUGUUGUGUGACGCGCGGAAGUUUUCGCUUUUACCCCAAAUGUCGCAGAAAACCGGUUCCGAAAGUGAUAUUUGGGAGUAUAAACCCCUCGCGAAGAAAAAGAAGAGACGCGAAUCGUCGUGCACUCGUCGAAAUGCGGCCAGGAGAAGAUGCACCACGGAGUUAAAGUCAUGGAACACCCGAGAUAGUCCAACCACCCCGAGGGACGUCGCCGCCAAUGGAAACAAUGGACAAUGUGAUGCCAACUCGUCAUCACUUGCAAAGGAGGCAAAGGAAGCCUAUUGUCCCAUUUGCCAGAUGCCAUUCUGUAUUUUAUUGGUGCAGUCGCAAAGAUGGCAUGUUGCUGAAUGUCUGGACGAGGCAAGGGACACAUGCAAAGAAUGUCCCGAUGGUCUCCUGUGCUCCUCCUCCAUCCCAAACCACUACAAGAAGUUCAAGCACACGCAGUUGGCCAACGCUCGAGCCAACGGCCAGGCUUUGCCGAACCACUCGGAGAGCCGCGAGUGCCGUAGUCCGAGCCGUUCUGCCUCCGGAGACCACAUGGAGGCGCCACCCUCGCCACCGCCAUCCCAAGCCACGAACGGCACCCCGUCGCUGCCGCUGCGCUCGCCCGGUCCGGACGACAUGAAGAAGAAAGGCUGGUCUUCCGGUGGCCGUUCGUCCGUUACCCCCUCGCAAGGAAAUAGGACGGAGACGCCGGCGGAAGAGCAAGCGUCUCAGGACGGGGAGGAUCGAAUAUCUUACUCUCCUCUUUCCGAGCUCCCCGCUGACAAAGACGCGGUUCAUGAAGACGCAUCCGAAGAUGAAGACUCCAUGGUUCUCUUCAGCGAAGACGAGCCGCUUCCGGAUGUAAGGGAUCGCCCCGAAGACACCGGGAGAGUCUCGCCGAUUGCCGGCGGAAGCCUUGGGUCCCCCCAGAAAAUGGUAUUGGAGCAAUUGAGGGAAAGUCUUCGAGGCUUACCUUUCGGAGCCUCCCGGUCCAGCACAGUGCCUCGUCGUAAGGGUCCGAGCGGGGCGGGUCGAGGUUCCGGACUCAAGCAAACGGACAUCGGGGUGUUUUUCGGCCUCAAAGCAUUGAGGGCGGAGGAGCGAGCGGAGACUUCUGGCAGUGCGGCCGGCGGGGCUUCCUCCGGUAGGAACAGGAUGAGGAACGCGGCCGCUGAUGUGGACCGAGGCGGGGACGAUGGCGGUCACGGUGGCGAUGUGGUGGAGGCGGCAACGAGGCGGACCAAAGGGCGGAGCAGAGAUCACCAUGCGGAUGCACAACCACGGCGGUGUCCGUUUUAUAAAAAGAUUCCAGGCACAACGUUUGCCAUCGAUGCCUUCCGGUAUGGCGCCAUUGAAGGCAUCACCGCCUACUUCCUGACCCAUUUCCACUCGGACCAUUACGGAGGGCUCACCAGCAAGUCCACAUUUCCCAUCUAUUGUAACAAAAUCACAGGUAACCUGGUGAAGAGUAAGUUGAAGGUGGCGGAGCAGCACGUGCACAUCCUCCCCAUGAACACCAGGGUGAGCGUGGAGGGGGCGCAGGUCACCCUACUCGACGCCAACCAGUACGUCAAUGUCGUUUCUCGUCUUCUUUUGCGAGCUUCUGCCAUCUGCCAUUUGCGCAUGCACUCAAAUCUCGAGCGGGAAUCGAUCCAGUUGUCCGGGAGCGGCCAUGUUGCUGUUCUUCCUGCCCGACGGCCAGACCGUCCUCCACACGGGCGACUUCCGAGCCGAUCCCUCCAUGGAGGCCUACCCGGAGCUGCUGGCUUGCAGGGUGCACACGCUCUACCUGGACACCACGUAUUGCGGCCCGGCGUACACGUUCCCCCGGCAGCAGGAAGUCAUCAACUUUGCCGCCAGCACCAGCUUCGAGUCGGUGACGCUGCACCCCCGCACCCUGGUGGUGUGCGGAUCCUACUCUGUGGGGAAGGAGAAGGUCUUCCUGGCCGCGGCGGAGGUUCUGGGCUCCAAAGUGUGCCUCUCCCGGGACAAGUACAACACCAUGUGCUGUCUGGAGUCGGAGCGCAUCAAGCGCCGCUUGACCACCGACUGGACGGCGGCGCGGGUCCACGUGCUUCCCAUGAUGCAACUCAACGUCAGAAAGCUGCGGGAGCACCUGGCGAGGUUCUCCGGCCAGUACGAUCGUCUGGUGGCCUUCAAGCCCACCGGCUGGACCUUCAGCCAGCAGAUGGCAUCGCUGGAAGACAUUCGACCCGUCGUCAGCGGCAACGUCUCAAUCUAUGGGAUUCCGUACAGCGAGCACAGCAGCUUUGCGGAGCUGAAGCGUUUUGUCCAAUGGCUGCGCCCGCACCGGAUCGUCCCCACGGUGAACAAUGGCAGCUGGGCCGCCAGAAAGGCCAUGGAGAAGCACUUUAGUGAAUGGCUCGGCGGAAACUCGAGCACGUGAAUAAACGGCAGCCGUGUUACGAUACGAUGCAAAUGUAUGAUGUUGCGGCAGUGUUUAUGAUGCACUUUUUUUGUUCUCCAACAAUAAAUGGUUUUAACUUUUAA